AUGGUCGGGGCCGACGGCGCGAUGGCGGCCCACUCCAGCGAACUGGAGCUGGCCAAGAAGAACCUGACCGACGCCAUCGGGGACAACAUCAAACAUUACUGGGCCAACCUGAAACUGUGGUUCAAGCAGAAAAUCAGCAAAGAAGAGUUCGACAUUGAAGCCCGGCGCCUUUUGGGCCAAGAUAAUGUUCACGUUCACAAUGACUUCCUGUUGGCCAUCCUUACACGCUGUCAGAUUAUUGUGUCCACGCCAGAGGGUCCUGGCUCAUUGCAGUGGACGGGCAGCUCUGCCUCAAAGCCUGGGAAACCAAACAAAGGCAAAAAGAAGUUUUCCUCUGUUCGUCAGAAAUUUGACCAUCGCUUCCAGCCUCAGAACCCACUGAGCGGAGCACAGCCGUUUAGUCCGCGUGAGCCUGGACCGGAUGAGGAGGAGAUGAGGCUCAGCGCGCACACGCUGUUACUGCCCACGCGCGGCCAGCUGGAAGCGCGCAUGAUGGUGACCGCCUUCGAGAUGGGCCUGGACAAUGUCACUGAGGAGGCAGUGAGCACUGUGGUCUGCGCUUUAGAGGUCCACUUAAAAGACGUCAUAACUGCCGUGAUCUCGCGGAGAAAAGCCUACCGGUUGAGAGACGGACACUUCCAGUACGCCUUUGGCAGUGAUGUCAUGCCCCAGCCCUACCUCAAAAACAGCCUGGCAGCUUACCAGACUGUCACAGAAUGCCCUCCUCCCAGUGCCUCCUUGCCUGCCGGCCCACCCACCCAUGUGUCUCCAGACGAUGCAGAACAGCAGGCUGCUCUCCUGUUGGCCUGUUCUGGUGACACUGUUCCUGCCCCUCUGCCUCCUAUCGGCAUGUAUGAUCUACUGGAAGCUCUUCAGGUGCACCGCAGAGUGAUGCCCUCUCACACCGUUUACGCUCUGAACAUCGAGCGCAUCCUCGCCAGGCUUUGGCACCCCAGUCACGAGGAGCUGGAGCAGGACCACAUCCAUAGACAGAGGCUGGCCACCAAGGAGGGCCUGCUCAUCAGCUGAGAGGGGCUGCAUUUACAGAUUCAAGGGUGGUUUAUAGUCCAUCUUUGGAUGAGUCUGACAGCCAAAAGCAACACAAACAUGAACCAUUGUUGGUGGACAGGUGCUGUAUAUCAGAUCUGCAUGUGUCACAUUGCUGAUAGAGCUGAUGGUGGAUAUACAAGCACAGCUGGUGAGUGGCACGGUGCCGUUUGCCAUUGUGACCAAGGACUGUUUACCUGCCUUUGGAUACAGGGCAAUGGAAUUGGGAGCAUAAUGUGGCCCAGUAUAGCCCUGGGAUUAUGGCAGAUGUGCCAGGAUUGUUGUUUUGUUAUUUUUUGUUUGUUUGUUUUAUUCUACACCCACACUCUUCUGGAUAUACAGUCGUCCUACUUUAAAAUGAUUUAAUUGGCCUAGGUUUAAGAAAAAGGACCAUUUAUGUAAAGAGCAUUUUUUAAAAGCAUUUUGACACUUAGAACUAGUGAAAAGAGGCCACUUAAAUGGUUUAUUGACAUUCAGAUGGCAUUGACUCUUCAGUCGUAUCUUCAAGUUAAUCAAAUAGUAGCUUCUGCUUAUACUGUACAUGUCUACAAGCUUGUAGACACCUGUUCGUCCACCGUUUCCUCUGAAGUCAGUUAAUGCUCAUGUGGGUAAUGCUCACUGCUAUGAGGAUUUGAUUGCAUUUAUCCACAACAGCGCUAGUGAGGUCAUGUUCUGGAUACUCCAACUCCUCCCAAAGGUACUGGAAGGAGCUCCAUCACUCCAGAGAACACAGUUCCACUGCUCCACAGCCCAAUGCUGGGGUGCUUUAUACCCCCCUCCAGCCCCUGCUUGGCAUUGAGCGUGUUCUUCUGCACACAGUGUUACACUUUUCCACCAGAGAGGUCUCCAGAUCCCCAAAGCUUACGUAGUGGAGCUUUAAAGUAGCCAUAUUCACUAAUUAGAAUGGCUGACUGUCAAUGAAAUUUGCUUUCUAUUAAACUGAUGAUAUUUCAUUCUCCUGUUCUGAUGCAUGGGGCAGUUAUGGUUUUAUGUAGCUAGUGGCCACCCAGAGCUGCCUCCUCUUUGUGCUAACAGCCUCCUGGCAGCUUCAGUCAGCAGAAGAGGCUCCAGUCAUAUAAUCUGAUAUCUGAAAAGCCAGCUGGAGCUCGGUUUCUGUAGAUAUUUUGUGCUUUUGUAAAUAUUUGUGUACCAAGUAAUGUUCUUUUUCUUCUCAAAGAAUAAAUGCAAGCAGAAAAACAAUGAU